GUCACUUUUCCCGUCAACAAAGCGGCUUGAAAGGGAUAAGGUCUGGGCCUGGAGUCUGGACACACUACGGUUUUUCUAGUCAAUGUUUCUGUACUCGUGUACAUUUGUCUCUGAACGGCCCACAGAAUUGAAACGCGGUGCAAUUUGAUUCCUAGCUUGCCCGAGAAGACCAACUGUUUGAUAAAUUUAUAUAGUGUACUAUUCAACGGAUUAUAGCCUUGUCCUCGUUUAUAUUAGUGUCCUUCACCCGAGAGUACAUAGAAUUGCUAGCAAUUUCAACAGACAAAACAGAGUUCGUGAGAGAGAUUGAACGUAGAUGGUGAGGGAAUGGAAGGAAGCAGCACGAGGGGAUGGAAGCAGCAACAAUGAAAGCUUAAGCAGCAGCAGUGCAGUUUUGAUCUUCUGGGGUGCGUUGGUCAUGAUUUCUCUUAUUACAGCUAUCAUCUUUGCCUGCGCAGAUGGUGCAUCCAAAGAAAAAGACUCUGCAACCCCCACCGAUACCAAUGGCACAGUUUGUGCUGCCGGCUGUGGUGGAGGCUGCGGUGGUUGAUUACUCUUUCCCAUCAUCACUCUCUGCAUCGAUCAUAAGAGGCACGAGAAUGAGAUUCAGAAGUAUCACUGAUAUGAUAUCUGUUGCCAAGCAUUGCUUCCUUUUUGUUUUGAAGUUAUUCAUGUUAGAGCUAUUGUUAGUUUCUUCUAGGGGUGUGCAUCCGGAUCCGGGUAUCCGGCCAUAACCGGAUCCGGAUCCGGAGUUCAAAAUCUGGGCGGUUAUCCGCCCGGAUUGAACCCGGACUUAAUCUGGGCGGAUAUCCGGAUUUU